UUCAGAAAAUGGUUUACGUCUCUGGUAUCAGAAAAAUUUGAAACUAUCUAUAUCCAAGAUCUUUAAAUAUGGACUUUGUAGUGUGUAUUUAAACAGGCAGCAUAAAUAGGAUUUGAUGCAACACAUCAUGGUUUUGAUAACUCUAAUUGUAUUUCAUAAAAGGAGUAAAAAUAAAAGAGAAUACACUACUUUUUAAUCAGAAGACAGUUUACAAUACCUUUAUUGAAAAUGGCGACUUCUGUUGGGUCAGUUCAUAACAGUUCUGAUUUAGUGAAAGACUAUUCAUGUGUCUCUUGCGAAAAUAAAAAUAUUGAAACAAGUGCUGAUAUUUUUUGUGAAACAUGUUUGAAGUAUUUUUGUAAAAAAUGCCUUUAUUAUCAUGAUAAAAUAUUUGUAAACCAUUUGAAGUAUGGAAGAGGAGAAACAAAUAAAUGGCCUCUUGCAAAGACAAUGGAGGAUUUGAUACUGAAAUGUGAUAUCCACAACAACAAGAAGCUGAAAAUGUUCUGCCAGGACCACAGUCAACUGUGCUGCUCUGAUUGUGUAUUACUGAAUCACAGACAGUGUACCAAUGUGGCGCUUAUAUCUGAUACAGUCCAUAAAGUGUCAGUGGAUAUGCAGCAGAUGUCAAACGAAAUCCAAACAAUUCUUGCUGAACUUAAUAAGUUUAAGGGAACACAAGAGGCUAUCAUUCAGUCUGUAGACGGAUCACAUAGUGAAACCUUGAAAGAAAUCAGAGACCUGCGUAAAAAAUUAAAUGCUUCUUUGGAUGAAUUAGAAAAUACAACUAUGAAAGAAUUGGAUGAAAUUAGGAACACAUUGGAAACCUCUCUAAAGAAAGAUGUUGACACAUGUGACCAACUUAAGGAUGAACUGCAACAACUCAGUGAAGCUGUACACUGCCUUUGUGAUAAGAGCAAGAAAGACGUGGCAUUUAUAGCCAGCAGGAAAUGUCUGGACAAAAUUCAAGAGUCUGAUACAUAUCUGAAGGAGAGGUCAGUGAAGAUUCAGAGUUCAAUAAUAUUCAAGGCAAAUACUGACAUUGAGCAGUACCUGUCUAAACAGUCUAGACUUGGGAGUAUUAUAGACAGUAUGCAGUCUGUCACACUCAAGAUGAAUCCAGAUCAGGUGUUGACUAUGAAGAGGAAAUGGGAGUAUAAUGUGAACAUAUCAAGUGACACAAGGCAGACUUACCCUGUCACUGGCAUUUGCAGCCUGCCUAGUGGUGAUGUCAUUGUUGUAGAUAGUUAUAAUAAGAAAGUGAAAAUGUUUGACCAGCAUUACAAUGUGUCCAGUCACUGUGAUGUGUCUGGUUCUCCAGAGGACAUUUGCCAAAUCACAUCCAGUGAGGUGGCUGUAACUCUUCAUGAUGCUGGUUUGCAGUUUAUGUCUGUAAGAAAUGGGCAGCUGGUGAAAGGGAACAAAUUACAGUUACCACAUAAUGCUAUUGGAAUUGCCCACCAUCAGGGAGCCUUGUAUAUCACUGAUUACACUGCUCUCUACCACUACACACUGACUGGUACUCUUGUCAAAAAACUUUAUGAUGAUAAAAGCGAUAACAUAUCAGUGUACAAAUGUGCAUUGAGUCCUGCUGGUGACCGGAUCUAUGUAACCAACCACGUCCGGCACAAGCUCUACACACUGGCCACAGAUGGCAGCCUGAUCUCCACCUUCACUGACCCUGAACUAAAACAUCCAACGGGAGUCCAUGUCACACCUGCAGGACAAGUUCUUGUAUGUGGAUACAGCUCCAAUAAUGUCGUACAGGUGGAUCGUGAGGGAAAAAAGAAACUGGCAACACUGGCUUCAUCGAAAGAUGGACUGAGCCAGCUAGCGUCUGUCUGCUACGAUACCAACAAACACCAGAUCAUUGUGGGAGAAUAUGGAAACAACAAAAUCAUGGUUAUGGAAUUGCAAUAGCUUAUCCAAUGGAAAAAAAACAUUAAUAGGACCAAAAAUGCAUAUGAAAGUUCCAUUUUUCUGUGAAUGGCACAUCUAGAAAUCACAUUUUAUAUCUAGGUCAGAAAAAGAGCUUAUUGAUACAUUUUAUCUUUUAUAAUGAGCAAUUUAAUAAACUCCUUUUGCAAAUGACUUGUUUCAAUGCACUUCAGAUUCAUUUUAAAGAAGCAUGUAUGACAACUUUCUAUGUUGAUAAGCAUGUAUGACAACUUUCUAUGUUGAUGCUGAAAUUAUAAUCCUUUUUCUGCCUUCAUGUCAGAUGUCAAAAACAUUAAUGUUAUAAUUAAUAUAAGGUUAUACCUGUAUUAUACAAAGUAUUGAACUGUAUAAACAUGUGAUUAUAAACAUAUUCUGAAUGAAAAAGUAUUAUCUUUUAGCAAUUAUUGAGAUUUUUGUCUAAAAAAAGAAAGGAAGAGAAUAUCUACUGGUAAUUGGUAUUUGUGUGCUUUUGAUAGCCUAUUAGAGUAAUUGUUUUACUACAAAACUAAUUAUUUAGAACAACUGUUGAAUCGAAUACAGUUGUAAAAUAUGUUGUAUGUUUUUUGACAUAUAAACUAGUUUAGGCUUACAUUUUUAGUGCGGUCAACAGAACACUGAUGUAUAUUUUUCACUUAAGUAUGUACAAUCAUUCCCUCUGUAUAAUACUUUUUUAUUCCACCGGUAGGAUGGCAUAUAGCAUUCGCACUGCCCGUCCGUCAGUCCAUCCAUCCGUUUUCAGGAGUUUUUUUUACACAACUCUUUCACAUAGCUGAUUUUUGGUAUGUGACUGCAUGACCUACAGAUGAAGUGUUUUGUUCUGGUCAAUAUAUUUUUGGCAAAGUUAUGGGCCUUUGAGUUAGACAUGUUUUUAGCUCACCUGAGCACAAUGUGCUCAUGGUGAGCUUUUGUGAUCGCCUUUUGUCUGUCGUCCGUCACCCAUUGUGGGGCGUCAACAUUUGCCUUGUUAACACUCUUGAGGCCACAUUUAUUGUCCAAUCUUCAUGAAAUUUGGUCAGCAGAUUGGUCUCAAUAAUAUCUUGGAUGAGUUCGAAAAUGGUUAUGUUUGCUUUAAAAACAUGGCUGCCAAGGGUCGGGGCAUUUUUCCUUAUAUGGCUAUAUAUGUCUAUGUAAAACCUUGUUAACACUCUAGAGGCCACAUUUGUUGUCUGAUCUUCAUGAAACUUGGUCAGAAGAUUUGUUCCAAUAAUACCUUGGACAAGUUUGAAAAUGGUUUCGGUUGCUUGAAAAACAUGGCCACCAGGAGCGGGGCAUUUUUCCUAAUAUGGCUAUUUAUGGCUUUAGUAAAACCUUGUUAACACUCUAGAGGCCACAUUUAUUGUCCAAUCUUCAUGAAAUUUGUACAGAAGAUUGGUCACAAUGAUGUCUUGGAUGAGUUAAAAAAUGGUAACGUUUGCUUGAAAAACAUGGCUGCCAAGGGGCGGGGCAUUUAUCCUUAUAUGGCUAUAUAUGGCUAUGGUAAAACCUUGUUAACACUGUUGAGGCCAGAAGAUUUGUUCCAAUGAUAUCUUGGAUGAGUUCAAAAAUGGUUUCGGUUGCUUUAAAAACAUGGCCACCAGGGGGCGGGGCAUUUUUACUUAUAUGGCUAUACAGUAUAUGGCUUUAGUAAAUCCUUGUUAACACUCUAGAGGCCACAUUUAUGUAUUGUCAAUGAUAUCUUGGAUGAGUUUGAAAAUGGAUACGUUUGCUUGAAAAACAGGGCUGCCAAGGGACGGGGGAUUUUUCCUUAUAUGGCUAUAUAUGGCUAUAGUGAAAUCUUGUUAACACUCUAGAUGCCACAUUUAUAGUCCGAUCUUCAUGAAACUUGGUAAGAAGAUUCAUCCCAAUAAUAUCUUGGACAUGUUCGAAAAUGAUGCCGGUUGGAUGAAAAAUAUGGCCGCCUGGGGGUGUGGCAUUUUUCCUGAUAUGGCUCUAGUAAAACCUUGUUAACACUCUAGAGGCCGCAUUAAUUUUCCGAUCAUCAUGAAACUCGCUCAAAAGAUUUGUCCCAAUGCUGUCUUGGAUGAGUUUGAAAAUUGUUUUGGUUGCUUUAAAAACAUGGCCACCAGGAGCGGGGCAUUUUUCCUAAUAUGGCUAUAUAUGGCUAUAGUAAAACAUUGUUAACACGCUAGAGGCCACAUUUAUUGUCCAAUCUUCAUGAAAUUUGGUCAGAAGAUUGAGAAGUAAUUGGAACAAGUGUUCUUACAAAGUUUCAUUUAUAUUGCACUUAACAUGUGACUUCUAGUUUUAACAAAGUUUCACUACAGCCAUAAAGUAACAAGCGUUCUUGAGUUAUUAUCCGGAAACCAUCUGGUGGAUGGACCGACCGACCGACGGACCGACAUGUGCAAAACAAUAUAACCCCCCUUCUUUGAAGGGGAGCAUCAAAAUGCCAAGCACCCUGGCAGCCAUGUUUUUAGAACAAACAUAACCAUUUUUUAACUCAGGCGAGCCAUCAUUAGAACUCAUGUUCUGACGAUGUUUCAUAAAGAUUAGACUAUACAUGUGACUUCUAUAUUGUUAACAAGGUUUUAUUAUAUUCAUAUAAGGAAAAAUUCCCCACCCCCAGGUGGCCAUGUUUUUUUGCAGGACCAAAACCGUUUUCAAACUCGUCUAAUACAUUAAUAAGACUCAUGUUCUUACCAAGUUCCAUGAAGAUUGGACUAAAAAUGCGACUAUUAGUGUUAACAAAGUUUUACCAUUACCAUAGUAAUUAAAAUGCCCCGCCCCUGGUGGAAAUGUUUUUCAUCAGACCGGAAGCAUUUUCCAACUCAUCCAAGAUGUCAUGAGAACUAAUGUUCUGAUGGAGUUUCAUGAAGAUUGGGUAAUAAAUGUCACUUCUGUGAGUAUUAACAAGGUUUUACUAUAGCCAUAUAAUGAAAACUGCCCCACCCUCUGGCAGUCUUGUUUUCAAGCAACUGGAACCAUUUUUGAACUUGUCCAAGAUAUCAUUGGGAAAAAAAAAAAAAAAAAAAAAAAAGAUAUCAUUGGGACACAUGACCUUACCAAGUUUCAUGAAGAUUGGACAAUAAAUAUUGUGUCUAGAGUGUCAACAAGGUAAAUGUUGACAACAGACGACACAAUACGGACAAAAUACGAUCACAAAAGCUCACCAGAUCAUGUUGUGCUCAAGUGAGCUAAAAAGCUUGUGAACAGUCUCAAGAUCACAGUCAUCACCAAGUCUUAUAGAAACUUGGUCAGAACAUUUUUUUCCAAUAAUGUCUUGUCCAUGUUUGAAACUGGGUAACCUGGUGUCAAAAACUAGGUCACCAGGUCCAAUUACAGAAAAAGCUUUUUAACACUCUUGAGGCCAUAUUUAUUGCCAAAUAUGCAUGUCACUCUGUUUGAGCAUAUGUCUUAACAUUUUAGAAUGUUCUAAUGAUUGCUCCGGUGGAAAUCACAUUUAAACUUGCAAAAAAUAUUCAUUUUUUAUGAUAUCUGGACCAUUUUAGACAUGAUUGUGUUUGCCAAAAAACAUUGGUACCAAGUGUUAGGACAGUUUUGUUGUGACACCUACUAUACACUUUACUGCUCAGAACAAUAAAGUUCCUUGGGUUCUCACAUGAACGAUUUAGGCCCUGUUGUGCCAGAAAACCUAUCAGAAGAGAUUCAACUUAAUGAAAAUAAAAGAAUAACAGUACCUGUUGAACCUAUUUUGAGAAGACAACAAGGUUAAAUUCCAAGAUUCAAGUGAAGAAUGCAGGUCACUAUACAUUUUUUACAUAAAAACUUUAACCUGAAUAUCUAUAAGAAAAAAUAACUUUAUUUUGUCAAUAUACAUGCCUGAAUUAUAUGGAAUGUUGUUCUUGAUAUUGGUGGCAAACACACAGCCCAAGUUUUAUGGGAAUAUAUGGUGUAGUUUAACAAUUCUAAGACAGAGAGAAAUAAUUUAUGCAUAUUUAUUUGUUUCAUCAUCAGCAAACACACAUCUAUUUAUUCUUUUUCACCACUCAAAAUGUGCAGCUCCAUGAGAUACACAUGCAUGCCAAAUAUCAAGUUGCCAUCUUCAAUAUUUCAAAGGUUAUGGCCAAUGUUAAGGUUUGACACAAACAAACCAGCAAACAGACAGGGCAAAAAAAAUAUGUCCACCAGUACAGACUGGGGGACAUAAAAAGGCCACACUUUUAUAACAACAAACAUCAUCAUUAAGAAAUUACAACAAAUUGUAGUGUUUGAUAAAACUACUCUUUAAUACACUGUAGACAAUUGAUAAAUAACAUGACUGCAAAUUCAUCUGUGACAUAAGUUGUUUACAAGCAGGAAAGUCCUUUGUGGAUGGUUUUUGCACUCUCUUGCAUAACUUAACCAUUGUUUUUUAGCUCAAAUUUAGUGCCUGUAGAAGGACCCAUUCCAAAAUAUAUACACUUCGUAAUAAGUCUCAAUAUAUAGAUCAUCUCCCAUCCAGCUCUAUAAGUUGAACCUUUUAGUUAGUAAAUGUUAUAUUGAAAUCACUUUUAUUCACAAU